UAUUACCGCUGCUUAUUUUCAUCCUCUCUUGCCUUUCCGUUCUCAGACUCCUUAAACUCGCAAUUACUUCUUCAGAUCCUUCGUCUCAAGCUGCUGCUUUGUCAUCGUCGCUUCAACGGGAGUGUUCGUCACCUUCCGAAUGCAUAUCUCGACCUCUCGUCAAUAAACGCCGGAGGGAUCACUCUUUUUCUCGAGGACAAUCGUUACAAGAUAAGCAAUAUCGAAGCCAGUUCGAAUCAGACUCAAAUUUAUAAGGUCAAGUACGGAGUACCUGCGAAAAAGGCAUACAAGCUACUCAAACAUGCUAGGGGAAACCCUACUUGUUCCCCAAGCAUAAAUCUACUCCAACAAUCAACUUGCAAAUUGGCAUUGAGGGAUUUGCCACAACAAGUGUAUGAGCUUAAAUGGGAUGUCAUUGUGGUUGAUGGCCCGAUCGGGGACUCACCCGAAGCACCGGGCAGGAUGUCGACUAUCUACACUGCUAGCAUGUUAGCGAGAGCCACAGCCAGGAAUAUGACUGAUGUCAUGGUGCACGACGUUCAUCGGACAAUCGAGAAAUGGUUUUCUUGGGAGUUCUUGUGCGAAGAGAAUUUGGUUUCUGCCAAAGGAAAAUUAUGGAACUUUAGGAUCUCCUCCGAUCAAUCCAAUUCUACUAGGUUUUGCUCUUCCGAGACUGUUCAUAUACAGUAAUAUCCUUAUUUUGUUCUGCGGCAAAAGAACAAAAACAUUCCCUUCAUCGUUAAUGUUGGAAAUUAGGGCUUUAGCAAAGGCAUAUGACAUCUUAAUUGUCAACCCUAGAGAGUGCCAUGUAACUAAACUUGUCCAUACAGGUAGAGUCGGAUUGCAAUUUUAUUUUAUUUUGUCAUAAUAAAUUUUUGGAACUCUAGUUCCUUUUUAAAAAUGUUAGCCCUCCACUAAAUUUACGUUUUUUUUUAGUUUUUGAAUUUGUUGUUUUUAUCGUAUCACCUCAAAAUAAAUGAAAAUUUUGAAAAUUUGUUAA